UUUAUAGUUAAUUUAUAUUGUUUCACUCAAAGUUGUCUCUAACAAGAUUUCAACAUACGGUAUUAUCACAUUUCUGAAAGAUAUAUCUGAAUGUCAAAAAAUGAUUUAAUUUGUCAACUUGGAAUACAAUUUUGAAAAUAGAUUUUAACUAGAGAGGCAACCGUAAGUUAUGAUAAUAGUUAGAUAUUUGUACAUUUAGCUCACAUAGAAUAUUUCUAGGAAUUUGAGUACUGCGAAUUUACUGCGUAAUUCACUGCGUGAUUUACUGCUUGAAGUGUAUACGUCUGAAUUGUACAGCGUAUUUGGAGAAAUAAAAAUAAAAAUCUCUACGAGUGGUUUGUACUGCAAAUCCGGCCAAGCUCUAGUUUUCAAUUUCAUCUAUUUACAACAAGCUCAAAUUCGGUAAGUUGCAUUACUUUAUAUACUGGGUCUCGACGAAAUGGCUUCAGCAUCAGUUGGAGGAACCAAAUGCGACCGCUGUCCGGUAUGCAACGAACCAUAUAGAGACGAAAGGAUGGUUGAAUGUACAGGAUGUAAGAAAUGGUGCUGUUACGAGUGUGUAAAUGUAAAUAGCUCCGAUGAUGUAGCCGCCAACGAAUCGUGGAUGUGUCCAUCAUGUGAAGCAGCGACCAGAGUACCACAACCAGCACAGUCCCAUAAAACUACAUGCAGCAAGAAGAGUAGUUCUCUUUCAAGAAGCAAGAAAAGAUCUUCAGUAAUCAGCAGCAGAACUAAGAUGAGAAUGCAGCUAAUUGAAGAAGAAAGAGAAUUAUUGCGAAAAGAGAGAGAAUUAGCUAAAGAAGCAAGACAACUACUAGAUGAAGAGUCAGAUGAUAGUCAAGAUAUUAGUGACGAAGAAAUAAGAAAAUCUGACCCUUUGGCCAAUAAAAUGCUAUCAUUGCAGAUUGAUGAAUGCUUAGAAAAUAGGGAAGAUAAGCGAUAUACUCGUUUGUCUAAUCCUCAGCAUACUACUGUUAUGAAUAUACCUAAUGGAGCUCAAAGUUCUCCUGGAUUUCAACCAACUAAUCAACAGCCAUUUGCUUCUGCUCUUCCUCCCACUGAUCAAAAACCAGUAUACCAGAUCUUUGAAAUAGGAGGAUUUUAUCCUUGGUAUCGACUAACGAUCGGAAAAUACUGUGUGAAGGGGAAUAUUGAUGUAUUCACGCUACUGAAGAAACCAAAGGAGUACUGA